AUGAAUGACGAGCGGCAGCGGCGGCGGCGACAGCGACGAAACGCAAGGCAACACGGAACACAGCAAGACGGUCGGAGUGAAGACCGACCGAUCCGGCGGAGGAGGUGUUUGAUGCCCGAGCAACAGUCACAUAGGUCGGUCAGCGCGCUGGUGCUCAUCGCCAUGGCCAUCGCCGUCGCCGCGGCGACGAAGCCAGCCGCUCAGCGGCGGCGACUAGGCGGGCGCGUAAACCCGUUUUUCCGGUCCUGCCUGCCGUGCGCGGCGCGCAACCGACCAGCGUCAGCAGCGGCGACGGUCGCAGCAGGGUCUAACGAACGCAACGAACGAAGCACCUGGUUCAGACGAAAGACGACAGACGAAAGCAAGCGAUGA